AAAUUCUGAUUGUCAGUUUGACAUACGGUACAAUGUACAACCAAAGUAUGUCUGUCAUGGUACGAUAGUACCUGUACAACGCUGUACUCUUACAACGCAAGUACAACUGUAUGGCUGUCCCUGGUAUGAGACGUACUGACUACUGACUAAGGCCAUGUUCUCACUGCAGCAGGGCGUAAACGUGGCGUGUUCACUUCUCCCAACGACAUUUUAAUUCACUCACAUUGCACCGUGCCAGCGGCGUGUCUUCGGCGUGUUUUAUACAAAUUGUCAAUGUGUAUUUUUGAAUGAAAGAAUGAAAAUUGGUUUAUUUUUAAAUAUUCCAACAUCGUUGGACGAACCAGGACAAAAAUCGAACGGUGAAAAACGUAAAAACUAAAAAAAUGCGAAAAAUUCAAAUUAUGUCACUACUACAAACAAACAUAUGCAAGAGAGAAGCGGAGAACUACAAAUAUCGCCGGCGUGAAGUGUUCUCGUUUGCACGCCAGCCACACGCCAAAAACACACUCACGACACGUCAGCCUGGUGUGAACACAUCGAUUCGUGUGUACUCAGUGUUCAUCAGUGACAAUGACUUACCGGACGGAAAGUGUAUAAAAAAUCCCAAAUUCAGGACGCUUGAUGAGGUUACUUCUCACUAAUUAAGAGUGAAGUGUCAGAAAUCAACCGUCGAUAAGACGCUAACAGUAGAGCAAAGGUGUGAAAAUUUGCCUUUAAGUGUUCAUAGUGAAGAAAGUUUGAAACAUGAAAAGCAACUAUUUCUGUGGAAUAUCGUUCUGGCAUCCAGCAUGGCUACAACGCUUCGCAACGUCACGAUCCUUCAUUCUGGUGUAUGGCUUACUAGGAACAACCCAAGCGAUGGCCUACAUUUACUUUGUAAUCACUCUGACCACGCUGGAGAAGCGCUUCAAAAUUCCUUCGUCCACAACAGGUAUCAUUCUCAGCGGCAACGAAAUAUCACAAAUCCUCCUGUCACUCAUCUUAUCAUACGUCGGAGGUCACAGAAAUCGUCCUCGAUGGAUAGCGUGGGGCGUUGUGUUCUGUGCACUGUCGUGCUUCAUCCUAGCGACGCCCCAUUUCAUAUAUGGAGCAGGAGAAUCCGCUCUGCAGCUCACGAAGGAGUUCAUCAACGAUCAAGAAAGGGAAGCAGCUCUAAUGAGCCAUAACCUGACAGAGAUUGUGAAAAGUACGAAUCGUCUCUGUCUGAGCAGCUUUAACGCGAAAAAAUGUCACGAUCUAAUCUCAAUAGUUCCACUGAUAUUAAUAUUUUUGUCCCAGUUUGUGCUGGGCAUUGGAAAUACACUCUACUACUCACUCGGACAGACAUACCUGGACGAUAACACGAAGAAAACAAAUACCCCACUUCUGCUGGCUUAUGCUUCCUCAUUGCGAACACUUGGCCCUGUGAUUGGUUUCGCACUUGGCUACUUUGCAUUAAAAAUUUACAUCGACCCAACAAAAACACCAGUCAUCGACAGUUCGGACCCACGGUGGUUGGGUGCUUGGUGGCUGGGCUGGAUCAUUCUAGGAAUUGCCAUGCUGAUAUUUGCAGCUCUUAUCGGGCUUUUCCCGAAAGAACUACCCUCCAAUAAAGUUGAAAACAAAAGACCUUCUUCGAAUAUGCCGGUUGUACUAUUGAAUGAUGCAGAAGCUUUCGGGAAAGAGAAAAAUCCCCUAAGUAAAAUAUCACACAACAACAAUGCAAUAACGUCGAAUGGAGAAAAUACAACGGAAUCGCUGGUGGAGUUCCCUAAACUUAAAGAUUUUCCUACAGCAUUGAUGAGGCUCCUGAAGAACAAACUCCUGAUGUGCAAUAUAAUCUCGGGUAUCUUCUAUAUUCUGGGCUCAAGUGGCUACAUCACGUUUCUGAGCAAGUAUAUCGAGGUACAGUUUCACAAGACGAGUGCCAACGCCACAGUCAUCACCGGACCCAUUACCCUGUUCGGAAUGGUAUCUGGUUUCCUAAUUUCAGGCAUUAUUAUCACAAAGAAAAAACCAUCACCCAAAGUGCUUCUGUUUUGGAACGUUAUCGUUGGAAUAGGCUAUAUGCUAGGUCAAUUUUCUUAUUUAUUCCAAACCUGCCCUGAUGGCAAUAUGCCACUGGUACAGGGUCGUCUAAACCUGACAACCAAAUGCAAUAGUCGUUGUCAUUGUGAUGGAGUCCCGUACAGUCCCGUGUGCCACGAAGAAACUGGCAUUACCUUCUUUUCCGCCUGUCAUGCCGGAUGUGAUUCGUGGAAUGCCAAAGACAAAUAUUAUGAUCAAUGUACGUGUCAGAAUGAAAAUUACUCGCCGAUUACGAAACCUUGGGAUAUUACUCCGGAUUACAGCACUACCCCUCGAAAAACAUCCACUUUAUCUAUCACAGAACAACCCACAACGUGGACGAGUAUCAGCCAGACUAGUGAUAUUAUUUCGACCGUAGCGAGUGACACGGAGAAUAGCAACACAUCAGAGCUCACAUCUACUACACAUUCCCAAGAAAAUCAAUCAAAUUCAGAUGGAAACGUGAAUGAUACCACAAGUGAGGAACCCGAUCUAAAUCGAACCGAACGACAGAGAAACCGCCGAGAAGUUGACAGAAGAGACUUCUUCUCAGUACCGCCCACUACGGAGAGUCCGUUCAGCACAAGGUUAUUGCCAGGCGCAUGUUUGAAGGGAUGCGCAGUAGGAUUUUACCUAUUCUCCAUCAUAUCAAGUGUUAUCAAUUUCUUCGGAGCGUCCGGACGCAUAGGAAAUUUACUAGUUAAUUACCGAUGCGUUGCUAAGGAAGACAAAUCAUUCACGCAAGGAUUGAUAUUGAUGAUGAUCAGUUUAUUCGCGCUCAUUCCGGGACCAAUUAUUUACGGACGAAUCAUCGACAGCACCUGCUUGGUGUGGACGGAAGAGUGUGGCAAACGUGGGAAUUGUCAACUUUACGACCAACGACUUUUCCGAUAUUCAAUCAAUCUGACCGCUCUAGCUUUGACCGCUAUCGGAGUCUUCUUCGAUGUGCUGGUGUGGUGGUAUGGCCGAACAUUGGAUUUAUAUGGUGACAGAGAGGCAGAAAAGAUAAAGACCAUCAAAGCGUCCCAACCCAAUAAUACUAGGAUGUGAUAUGUUAAUUGAUAAUCUUGCUUAAUUUUUAUUGCGAAGAAUAUCUGUUCGGAUAAAAAUACAAAACUCCGAACUUUUCCCGGAUUUUUAUUUAAAACAAUAAUAAAAUAGAAUAGAAACUCUGAACUUUUCAAAUACAGUUUUAUACAUUUGUGAUCUACAGUAAAUAAAAUUUGCCUUUCGCGAUUUUGAUGCA